GGCCAUUUUGCCAUUGAUUGGCGCAGACGGCGAGGGGGAGGGUGCCUUCGCUAAGUGGAAGGGUAGGGGCCAGGCAGGGGAAGGACGGCGGUUAGAAAGAGACAAGCGGAGGGAGGAACAUGAGGAUGAGUCUCCCGCGACACCCUUCGCCGCCUUCUCCCUCCUCCACCUCCUUCUCUUCCUCCGGAGGCUCCUCUUGCUGACGACGACUCGCCGCCCGAUUCCCCCGCCGGCCCUAGGCUGCUGCGCCACUGGCCAUGGUGCCCAGCGAAGACAACCAGCUGGUCCCUAAAGAGGAGAUGCUUUGGAGAUGCAGACAGAAUAUAUUUGAUGAAAUGAAGAAGAAAUUUUCCCAGAUUGAAAGCGCUGCUGAUGAACUUAGAGUGCUUUGUAUAGUACAAGAUACUACUAAUGCUAAGACAGUGAAUGAGCGCAUCACAUUGAAUUUGCCAGCUUCCACACCAGUAAAAAAACUAUUUGAAGAUAUAGCCUCCAAAGUGGGCUAUGUUAAUGGAACCUUUGAUUUAAUUUGGGAAAAUGGAGUCAGUGUUGCUAAUACGACACCAUUGGAUCCUUCGAGUGAUAAAUCUGUUGUUGAUGCUGGUUUUGAGCCUGGGAAAAAGAAUUUUCUGCAUUUGACAGAUAAAGAUGGAGAACAACCUCAAGUAGUAGUGGAGGAGCCUGGUGGAUCAGAUGACCACAAUCCUGAUAGAUUUAUAGGUCCUCUACCAAGAGAAGGUUCAGUUGGCUGUUCCAAUGAUUACGUCAGUCAGAAUUACUCCUAUUCGUCAAUUCUGAACAAAUCAGAAACAGGAUAUGUGGGUCUAGUAAAUCAGGCAAUGACCUGUUAUUUGAACAGUCUUCUACAAACUCUUUACAUGACUCCUGAAUUUAGAAAUGCAUUAUAUAGAUGGGAAUUUGAAGACUCUGAGGAAGAUCCAGUAACAAGCAUCCCUUAUCAGCUUCAAAGAUUGUUUGUUUUAUUGCAGACCAGCAAAAAGAGAGCAAUUGAAACUACAGAUGUUACACGAAGCUUUGGAUGGGAUAGUAGUGAGGCAUGGCAGCAGCACGAUGUGCAGGAACUCUGUAGAGUCAUGUUUGAUGCUUUGGAACAAAAAUGGAAACAAACGGAGCAGGCUGAUCUCAUAAAUCAGCUCUACCAAGGCAAGCUGAAGGACUAUGUAAGAUGCCUGGAAUGUGGCUAUGAGAGCUGGAGAAUUGAUACUUACCUGGAUAUUCCAUUGGUUAUUCGACCUUACGGCGCCAAUCAGGCCUUUGCUAGUGUGGAGGAAGCUCUACAUGCUUUCAUUCAGCCUGAGAUUCUUGAUGGUGCCAAUCAGUAUUUCUGUGAACGAUGCAAGAAGAAAUGUGAUGCAAGAAAGGGAUUGCGAUUUUUGCAUUUUCCUUAUUUGCUGACCUUGCAGUUAAAAAGAUUCGAUUUUGAUUAUACCACUAUGCAUAGAAUAAAACUUAACGACCGUAUGACAUUUCCGGAAGAGCUAGAUAUGGGCUCAUUCAUUGAUAUUGAAGAUGAGAAGUCUCCUCAAACAGAGAGCUGCACUGAUAGUGGAGCAGAGAAUGAAGGCAGUUGUCACAGUGAUCAGAUGAGCAAUGACUUUUCUAAUGACGAUGGCAUUGAUGAAGGAAUAUGUCUUGAAAACAAUAGUGCUGCUGAAAGAAUUUCAAAAGUUGUUAGUGAAAAGAAUUCAUUACUAUAUGAAUUAUUUUCUGUUAUGGUUCAUUCGGGAAGUGCAGCUGGCGGUCACUAUUAUGCAUGCAUAAAAUCCUUUAGUGAUGAUCAGUGGUACAGUUUCAAUGAUCAACAUGUUAGCAAGAUAACUCAUGAAGACAUUAAGAAAACUUAUGGUGGAACAUCUGGAAGCCGUGGCUACUACUCCAGUGCUUUUGCAAGCUCGACAAAUGCAUAUAUGCUUAUAUAUAGAUUAAAGGACACAACUAGAAAUGCAAAGUUCCUAGAGGUCAAUGAAUAUCCAGAGCAUAUUAAACGAUUAGUAGAAAAAGAAAAGGAACUGGAAGAACAAGAAAAGAGGCAGCGUGAAAUAGAACGCAAUACUUGCAAGAUAAAAUUAUUCUGUAUGCAUCCUGUAAAACAAAUAAUGAUGGAAAAUAAACUGGAAGUUCAUAAAGAUAAGACUCUGAAGGAAGCUGUGGAGAUGGCUUAUAAGAUAAUGGAUUUAGAAGACGCAGUUCCUUUGAACUGCUGUCGUCUUGUUAAAUAUGAUGAGUUCCAUGAUUAUCUGGAACGAUCCUAUGAAGGAGAAGAUGACACUGCAAUGGGAAUCUUGCUUGGUGGUGUUAAAUCAACAUACAUGUUUGAUCUUCUUCUGGAAACCAGGCAACCUGAUCAGUCUUUCCAAUGUUACAAACCUGGUGAAGUCAUGGUAAAGGUUCAUGUUGUCGACCUAAAACAGGACACAGUGGCUCCUCCAAUUAGUGUCCGUGCUUAUUUGAACCAGACAGUUACAGAAUUCAAGUAUCUCAUUUCAAAGGCUGUACAUUUACCUGCUGAAACAAUGCGUGUUGUUUUGGAACGUUGCUAUAAUGAUUUGCGUCUUCUCGCUGUGGCCAACAAAACACUUAAAGCUGAAGGCUUUUUUAGGAGCAAUAAAGUAUUCAUUGAAAGUUCAGAUUCUCAAGAUAGACAGCUGCCGUUUACAGAUUCUCAGUUAUGGAAACUCCUAGACCGCCACGCAAAUACAAUCAGGCUGUAUGUUUCAUUACCAGAACAGUCUCCUGGAUCAGUGUUCAGAAGGACAAUAUUUCAAAAGCAGCAGCAGCAGGAAGGAGAUAAUGGUGACAGCAGCAGGAGCACAGAGGCCAGUGACUUUGAAAAUAUCGAAUCGCCUUCCAAUGAGGCAGAUUCAUCAGCAUCAACAGAAAACCAGGAACUCGAAAACCAAAUUCAGGUUUCUGAUACAGAAAAUUUCCAGUCAGAAGAGCGGUCAGAUUCAGAUUUGAACAAUGACAGGAGCACAAGCUCUGUGGACAGUGAUAUUCUUAGUUCCAGCCACAGCAGUGACACAUUAUGCAAUGUCGAUAAUGCCGCUAUAACCUUGGCGAAUGGACUUGAUUCACACAGCAUAACAAGCAGUAGGCGAUCAAAAGCCAAUGAAGGGAAAAAGGAAACAUGGGAUACGGCUGAAGAGGAUUCUGGAACCGACAGUGAAUAUGAUGAAAGUGGGAAAAGCAGGGCAGAAGCACAGUUUAUGUACUUCAAGGCAGAGCCCUGCGUCGCAGAGGAAGGCUCAGGAGAGGGGCAGAAAUGGUUGUUGAUUCAUGUUGAUAAAAGAAUUACACUUUCUGCUUUCAAACAACUCUUGGAGCCGUUUGUUGGAGUUCCAUCUUCUCAGUUUAAGGUCUUUCGAAUUUAUGCCAGCAAUCAAGAAUUUGAGAGUGUCCGAUUGAAUGAAACUCUUUCAUCCUUCUCAGAUGAUAACAAGAUAACUAUUAGGUUUGGAAGAGCACUGAAGAAAGGGGAAUACAGAGUCAAGGUUUUCCAACUUUUGGUGAACGAUCCAGAGCCCUGCAAGUUUCUUAUAGAUUCAGUUUUUGCUAAGGGAAUGACUGUGCGGCAAUCAAAAGAGGAGUUACUUCCUCAGCUCAGGGAGCAAUGUGGGCUGAAUUUGACUGUUGACAGAUUCCGCCUAAGAAAAAAGACCUGGAAAAACCCAGGAACUGUGUUUCUGGAUUAUCAUGUCUAUGAAGAAGAUAUUAAUAUUUCAAGUAACUGGGAGGUUUUCCUAGAAAUACUUGAAGGAGCAGAAAAAAUGAAAUCGAUGUCACAACUUGCUGUUCUGUCAAGAAGAUGGAGGCCAUCAGAGAUGAAGCUAGAUCAUUUUCAAGAAGUAGUUUUAGAGAGCAGUAGUGUUGAUGAAUUAAAAGAAAAGCUUAACGCAAUAAGUGGAAUCCCCUCAGAAAAUAUUGAAUUUGCAAAGGGCAGAGGGACAUUUCCCUGUGAGAUCUCUAUUCUAGAGAUACAUCAAGAUUUGGACUGGAAUCCGAAGGUCUCCACACUGAAUGUAUGGCCUCUCUACAUCUGUGAUGAUGGAGCAGUGAUAUUUUAUAGGGAUAAAACCGAAGAAAUGGUGGAACUAACUGAAGAACAGAGAAAUGAACUCAUGAAAAAAGAAAGCAGUAGACUUCAGAAAACUGGACAUCGUGUGACCUACUCCCCUCGUAAAGAAAAAGCACUAAAAAUAUAUCUUGAUGGAGCGCCAAAUAAAGAUUUGACUCAAGACUGAUAUUUAUUUCAGCAUUUUCUCUGGGAAAUUUUUCUUAAGUGUGAAAAAGGUACACAACUACUGUGUAGUGCCAUUAAGGUAAGACAUUAGGUAUAAAAAAAAGGCAUCAGCACUGAUUGGUAAAGGACAGGCCAGUCCAGUUCAGUGCCCAGUCAAGUCCCUGUUUGACUUGGAAUCAUGUUGUGCACUGUAGUCAAAUGUACUGUAAAAAGAAAAGGGAUGUGCAAAUAAAAACACAGAAAAGCAAGGUGGGGUGGGCAAUUGGCAAAAAUUGGAGAUAAUUGUGCACAUAGCAGUAGCUAGUCAACUAGCCACAGAUAGGAUAUUCAUAGCUUAAUAAAAGCUGUGCAAAGGCCAUGAAUGAUUUUUGGUUUUUUUUUCACUGAUACACACAUUACCUCAUAGAUUUCUGAAGUAAAUGUGACAGUGGUUUUUAUAAAAGCAAAGUUGUGGAAAUGGACUAAAAAUGUGAUAAAAUUGGCAAAACUCAUCCCUUAAAGCUUACAGGUUUAACUUAGUCUCAUUGGAUUAAUCUUCCAUGAAGCAAGACACGUGGAGAAAAAGUAUUUUUAGUAAAAGUUACCAUUGCCAGCAGGUGGUGUUUAUUUUGCAGAAGUGUUGUAACUGAUUUUUUUUUUGUUAGAUUAUGAAUAAUGGCAAUGUCACUAUUCUGUUCAAUGUGUAAAUACUAUGUUGCUCUCUUGAGUUAGCCGAAAUACAUUUCAACUGCUUACUAUGGUAUUUCUUUUCACAUAUCAAUAUUCACUGUGUACAUUUAAGAAUAUAGCUGGCUAUUUAAAUUUGUAUCCCUUUUGUUUUGGGGGGGCAACGUUGGGUACUUAGAUUUGUAAUGUUUCCUUGUUAAUGAGUUCCAGGGCUUUUUGUUUGGUUAGCUACUUAUUUUUGUACAUUUUUGGACUGGGAUUCUUUAGAGUUUGCUUUUUCUAGCAUCAUUACAAAUCACACUUUUGGAGUCGAUUCAUAGUUUUUAUAUGUAGCUUUUUUUAAAUGAAUGGCCUUCAUUUAACACCUCCCAGUAUAGUUUGCAGUAGUUCAACAUGUGGUACAGAUUGAUGCAGUACAUAUGAUUUCAUUGCAAAGCAUAUAUGAGUUUUAAUUUGCUACGUAAGAACAAUUACAAACAAUACCAUAGAGGGGUUUCUUUUUCUUUUUGAAAAUGCUAUCUAAUUUAUAUCAGUCAAAGGUUUUGGUAAAUGUUCCAUGCCAGAUGCUGUUUACAACCAUGAACAUGCAAAUAAAACAUUUGUUCAUUCGAUUGUUA